CUGGUGACAGCUGAAAGGUGGCUCACGUCAGGCGUGUUGACAUAGUGAGCGCCUCCUGGUGGGCGCACGUGUUGCACUCGGUUAUCAGCUGUGUAUUUAAGUUCCGCAAGUUCACGUAUACAAAGUAUACUCGCAAUAUUUGUUCAUCUCUUUUCGCAUCGAGGCCGGGCGCAUCGAUUACGGGCCGCUAGCUCUUUCCGGCCAGUCGAGACCGGUCUCUGAACGACGGCGUAUCGUGAGUGCGCGUGUGCAUCGUUGGCUCCGGUAUCGAUCCCUCGGCGGAGCCGCAUUGCCGUACAUUCCGGAGGCGGUGCCUCGCCUAGUUUUCGUCGAUCGUCGGCGUGGCGGGCGCGUGUCGGCGUCGGCGACGGCCCGGGCGGCCUGCGCAGUGGAGACGACGCGUGCCAUCACUCGACUAUCCUUUCUUCCGCCAAAACCGGCUCGCUGUCCGCGGCGGACGGCUGUGAUGUAGCCGCGGCCGGCGCGAGCGGCUCUCGGACAAAGGAUCCGCGACUCGAAACUUCACGAUGAAGAAGUUCACGUUUAAGGGGGUUCUGGACGGGUUCCGCAGCUCCAUGCAGGCGGCUCCGCGGGGCACCGAGCAAGAGAUCCAGGAGACGCUGCGUCCCGAACACUUUCAAGUUAAAAAGACGUUCCGGCACGGGUUCCCGUUUUCCCCGACGGCUCUCGCCUGGGAUCCGAUACAGAAGCUGCUCGCCAUCGGGGACAAAACUGGAAACUUGAGAAUGUAUCCUUUAAAUACGAAAAAAUUCGUGUUGGGAUUUGACAACAGUUUUUCGCGUAAUUUAUUGGAAUAAACUUGUAAAUCUGUUACCUCGAGCCCGCCUGCUGCUACUUCUGUGUUAUUCAUCAUCAGAUUAGCCCCUACCUCAUUUCUUAAAUUUGUUAAUCCCCUAGGUCCGUGUAUGGUCGUACUUUACAAUAUAUAGAUUAACCGUAUCACUAAUUUCCGGUCAUAAAUGUGUUUAUUCUCCGAUUCGACUGGAUGUUUCAAAAACAUAAUAUAUAACUUGCUGAUAAUGUCCAUGUUAUUGUUCAGUGUCGUCCGUUUGUAACUAAAGAUAACUUAAUA